AGGGCUUUCGGCGGGGGUUCGAGAACGAGAACGCGGAGGUGAGCCACCAUUGGCUUCUUCUUCCUUUCCUCCACAUCACUUCUAGGGUUCAGGUUCUCUAAGUAUUGAGCGUAAUCCGGUACUCUUUGAGCCGAUUUGAGAAAUGGCGGUUCCGUUGCUCACGAAGAAGAUCGUCAAGAAGCGCGUCAAGAAGUUCAAGAGGCCCCAGAGCGACCGCAAGAUCUGCGUGAAGCCAAAUUGGCGGAGACCUAAGGGUAUUGAUUCUCGUGUGAGAAGAAAGUUUAAAGGAUGUACCUUGAUGCCAAAUAUUGGGUAUGGUUCUGACAAGAAGACACGCCAUUACCUGCCCAACGGAUUCAAGAAGUUUGUGGUUCACAAUGUUUCCGAGUUGGACUUGCUCAUGAUGCACAACAGGACCUACUGUGCAGAAAUUGCUCACAAUGUUUCGACAAGGAGGCGCAAGUCGAUCGUUGAGCGAGCCACCCAACUUGACAUUGUUGUUACCAACAAGCUAGCAAGGUUGCGCAGUCAGGAGGAUGAGUGAGCCAAUGCUUAGUUGUCCAGCUUGAAGCAAACUUAUAUUAGCACAUUUUGAUUUAUCAGCUUGUUUGAGCACCCGUUUGUGUUGGUUGGUAAUUAGUCAUAGUAACAAGAUUUUGUUUAGCAUGAAUGGUAAAUUAUCUCGAGUUUAAAUUCCGAACUUAAUUUUGGUUAUUCUGGAACUCGGUUUUUGACA